CUCCCCUCACACACAGCACAGCUCUCCUAUUCCUGGAGGCUGUACGUUCAAAGUUAACUGCGAACUUCAACAAUAAUACGGCAUGAGUCGGGCAACAUGAGUCACCAGCAGGACGCCAAGGGAGUCAUCUUGACCGGAUAUUUUAGCAAUAGUGAAGUUUUACCGCCUGCCUCGGGUGUCAAAAGUGCCGAAGAGAUCGAGUCUUCAUCGCUGAGGUGAGCGGAUAGUCUGUUAUUGGCCAUAGCCUACUCCCUACUGUAAGUAACGUUGUAACAUUGCCGCGUGAAUAGUUAAGAAAAGGUGCAAAGGUCUUCCAGUUGCCCAGUUUGUAACCUCUAACAGAAAGAACACUCAGUGUAGUCCCCAAGUCGCCCCUGACUUUUCAAUGUGUUGACACAUUGUUACCAUGUUGACACAUUGUGUGAAAUUAAAUGAGUUCUAGACUAAACAAGCAGUGUAAAUACAGGCGUGCGUAUGAUAAUGAUGAGGAUGAAACUGUUUAUAUGAUAUGUAAAUCAUAGAAGUAGGCCUACAGUAGUCAAUAAGUGAUUUUUCAUAUGUAGGCUACACUACGUCACUAUGCCGAAAUUAGACUGUCCAAAAACACCUCGUUUUAUUAGGCUAGAGAACUUGAGAGCAAACCCUAACACAAAAUAGAUAUUCUGUUUAUUUACACAAACUUUGUUUGUUCUGCACAUGUUUAAGAAAGUGUAAACACUAUCAAAUAACAAACUCCACGCUUACAGGGUGAGGACACACACACGAAGACAGCACUAGCCAGUUGAAACAUGAUGCUGUUUUUCCAAUUCAAGAGGCCAUCUGUAAAAGCCAGUGUCUGUUAUAGGCUGCAGCUAUAGUGGAUGAGCCCUGUCAUGAAUGCAGGUGCCUCCACUCUCCAGCUGGGUCUGAGGGUCCCCAGUGGCCCUACAGAGGGCUGGCCCGGCCAAGGCUGUUUUGGAUACUACAUACAGGGGUCUGUCUGUACUACUGUGCCAUAGUAGCACCAUCCAUAGUUGGCAUGGUGUGGCAAAUGUGGCACCUACCUCUCUUGUUUGUCUCAUGUGCCAGUUCAAUUGGUCUUGCUUCUGCAUGGGAACAGAAAGAUAAAACAAAAGUCUAACUGGGUGCAUGUUGUGGUCAAUGAAUGUUGUCCAGUUUGUUGGAAUAAUAGCCUACAGUUAAAUGUUUGUUAUAAUGAGAGAUUUUGCCACCAGCUUACUGAGUCAUUUUGGUCUUACUGUAUGAACAAGUCACCGGUGGUACAUAAUUGACUACUCUCCACAGCUCUUUUGUUUUCCACUUAUAUUGAGUUAUUAGAUAACUAUUCAUUCCAUGUAGACAAAUAGAAAGAACAGAGUACAGCCCUUUUAAUGAGUUGAUAACGAAACAGUUUGUUCACACAAGUACAAAGAAUGUGAUAUACAGAUGGGUGUGUUGGUUCUUUGUGCCUGCAUGUGUUUAUUAAGUUAGGUUGUAGGCAUUCAUGUUUUGACCUUACAUUUUUUUUCACUGUAUAGAUGUUAUAUAGAAUAGGCAUUCAUUAAUAAUUGAUCAAGUCUUUUUGUAUUCUUUACAUAAUGUUGUGGGUCAGGUUAUACCCAAUCAAUAAGCUCAGCCGGUAGUAUGUUAGCUGUUUACUCCGACUUGAGUUUCUAAUGUCCAAAACAUUUUACAUUUUAGUCAUUUAGCAGAUGCUCUUAUCCAGUGUGACUUACAGUAGUGAGUGCAUACAUUUUCAUAUUUGUUCGUACUGGUCCCCCGUGGGAAUUGAAGCCACAACCCUGGCGUUGCAAGUGCCAUGCUCUACCAACUGAGCUACACAGGACCACAAAAGAGCAGGGUUAACAGGUUCAAGUCAAGGCCAAGUGAACAGCCUGUGUUAUGAUUUCCAACGAAUCAGGUGAGCGGCUGAGCUUAUUGUGAGUGAGAUAUAAUAUUGACUCAGGGACCACCUACCUUAAAAUAUCUGCAGCAGUGUUAACAUGAUGAUGAUGAUGAAAACACAUGGAGUCAAUGCACAGAAUCAACACAGGUUAUCAUCAUAGUGUUAUUGCUGCUGUUUGUGUUUUUAUAGUUUUUCCAUUAGCACAGCAGCACUCUUUACAUUUCCUGUUGUUCCCAGGUGUUGGAAAAUGUAUUUCCACUUACAGUAGAGAUUAUUCUUACUUGUGUUCCUAUUAUUAUUUAAGUCCUUUAUCAUUAAACUGCCAACAAUGUCUUUUGAACGUCAUAUGUAUUUAACAUUUUAAUAUCUCUGCUAUUUUUAAAGUCAUGUCCCCCUCCGUCCUUGACAUUUCCUAAAUAAGUAUAUUUAACACAUUGACGUUUUUAGAAUUUUGAUAACACAAACAUAAUUUGUGUUAUAGGCAGUUUUAGGAGUACAUAUCACGGCGCAGUCUCUGAGGAAUACAGUCACGCCUCUUUGAACAGGGAAGGGUUUGAAAAGUGUUCUUACCCUAUUUUCUCUACACAGAGGAACAUAAACUAUCUCAAAUCCCAGAACCCAUCACUGGGGGCUUUCCCAUGCAGUCUGUCCAAUCCAGCUGGCCCAUAUGACCGCAGAACUUUGGCCUCAGUUCUUUGGAGCUGUCGCCAUGGUGCAUCCAUUCACCAGGCACCACAGCAUCUGCCCCCACAUCUUGUACAUGUGUUAAACCCAGCCUAUUCUCCAGUCUCCUGGAAAUGACAUGUCAUCUGAGAGUGUACUCAGGCAGUAAGUAUUAUACAGGAGAUUGGAGGGUCAGUCAGACUGAAACCCAGCAGUAACGUUCCAUGACUGGGGUUGUCACAGCAACCAACCGGCUUGGGCCCAUGUGUCCCUGUAUUACCUGUAGUGGAUGUUUGGAAUGUGCAUUAGGAGUUAAGUCAAACUUGAUUGCUAGUGCAUGUGAUUGACAGUAGUGUAAUCCCCUGUUUCCAUUACGGUGCUAAACCAUGCAUGUUCUGCCACAGUGCCACUAUGUAUUUUAGACACCUGUUGUCACCACACUUUGCCUCACAGUAGCACACUCAGGUUAAGGUUUAGUAAGCCUCCGAGAUGGUACAGUAUACCUGUGCCUCUGCCGCCUGACCUGCACUGUCAGUUCUUCUGUAUGAAUGGAUCUAGAGUAUACUAUGGCCCCUCUCCUUUGUGUCUGUAUGCAAAAUGACCAGGCACUAAACAGCAGAGAAAGACUACGUUGUUUCCCCUUUUGUCCUUGAGCACUGGCAGUUUGUCACUCUUGGAGCCAGCAAGAUAGCUGACCUUUCUAUGUGAAUGGGUCUGGCUGUGGGGUAACAUUGGUGCUGUGUACAUUGCUGGGAUACUUGACUUUCCUUCCUUGUCCUCUUGAUAUCAAACCUUGCAUGUGCUCCUAAUGGGGAAGAUGGUGUUUGCAUUUCUGUCUUGGGAUGGUGAAACACAUUCCGCUUUCUCCCUGCACUCCCUGGUCUUUGUUCUAUUUAUUAGCACCUUAUUCCCCUCCAAACCAAAUGUUUGUGCUGUGUUUUAGCUUGUUCCCCAUAAAGGUUUGAAUAAAUAAAAUGUUUUCCAACCCUCAGAUUCUUCCAGAAUUGUUCAAACAUUGUGGAACUAUUAACUAGAAAACAGACAGCAAUUGGUUUGUGACAGCAUUUCCUCAACAACCUCUAUGAAUUUACGAUUUGUAAAGGUGUUGUUUAUCCAGGGCCAGAAAUGUCAGGCGUUACUGAUACCCUGUGUAUUUCCUGUGGCUGGGAAGGAGCUGAGGGCUGACUCAUUUUACAACCUCCACAGACCUCAGGUGAGGCCUAAUAGGCCUGCAGCUCAUUUAUAUUCUGCCCUGUCUAUGACCAUGGAACUCUUCACUGCGAGAAAUAGACCUCAAAGCCAUGAAGAACACUCUGUAGGCACAUAGAGCUGGUUUUGAAGCUCAUUUGUACUCUUUAGUUUGAGGUUAUCAGAUAUUAUUUCUGUCACCUUGGAUGUGUAAAACAUUAGCCUGGCUUGACCAAGAUUGACCGUGUUUAGUAUCAAGUGCGUAAGCAGCAGCAGUAAUUUGGGAGUGUGGAACCGCUGAGGUUUCAUGAAUUAUUUUUGCCACGCUAGGUGUCCCUUUAAAGGUCCAAUGCAGAAGUUUUUUAAAUCUCAAAUUUCAAAUCAUUUCUGGGUAACAAUUAAGUACCUUACUGUGAUUGUUAUUAACUAAAAUGGUAAAAAAUAAUCAACAAUAGCUUCAUAGCAAAGAGCAAUUUCUCAAGCAAGAAUUUUGCUAGUACUGUCUGGGAGUGGUUUGAGUGGGGAGGGGAAAACUCAAAAUUAGCUCUUAUUUCUUAUUGGUCUAUUCACUAAUUUACUGCAUGGUGAUGUCACCAUGGAUGGCCCAAACUCCCUCCCACCAAAACAGGCUGAAAUUUCAGGCAGUCUUUUCGAACAGCUUUUACACUAAAAGGACAUUAUCAUAAUUUUCACAGUAUUAUUCCAACCUCAUAGUGUUGAAAUGUAUAUAAAACACAGGAAAAUCACAUUUUUGGCUGCACUGGGCCUUUAAGUGCAACCACCAGAACUAUUAGGGGGAGGGGGGUGUAGCAGCUCUCUGAUGCCCAUCAGGAGUCCUCUUUGUGCUUUCCCUGGGUUCACUCGCAUGGCGAAGCCUAUCUGGAGCAAGCCAAGCCCACAAGCCCACGCAUGCAUUAUCUUUAAACUAGUAACUUGGCAUUUUGGAAUAAAUGAAAGGAUCUAGGCUGUGGCCAGCUAACAGCAGCUGACAGCAGGGGUUGCACAGAAUGACGUGCUAUAAGUGUGACUCGGCCAGAGGAAAGCAGAACUGCUGCACUGACUGACUGAAAUGAGUUAACCCUUCAUGUUCAUGCUAAACCAGGUUCUAUGUGGAAAAUAGAACUUGGUUUAGUACCAGACAACCACCCAGUUUUACUCAUUAUUAGUAUGGUAUGACUUGUAGUAUUUAUAACUCAUCCUAAAAUUAGUACCAGACAACCACCCAGUUUUACUCAUUAUUAGUAUGGUAUGACUUGGAGUAUUUAUAACUCACUAAUAAAAUUACUGUGAAAUAGUACUCAUAAUACUCUCUCCUUCUUUGUCCACCAGUCGCAGGACAGGCCACUACAGUGUCCAGAACCGGGCCAAAAAUGUCCCGGGAAAGCCCCCGUACCACCGCUGUAACUCCCAGGACUCGCUGGACGAGCUGGCCAUGGACGACUACUGGACCGAGGUGAAGAACAUCACCCUUAGUGGAGAGGGAGAGGGGGACGCAGAGCCACAGGAGGAGGUGCAGCUUAAGGUGCCUGAUGGUAUGGAGCUCUACUCUAUAGCAGGAGUGUCCUCUGGAAGCAGAGAGGAGAUGCAGGUUGUUAUAGUGGAAGGACCAUAUGCCCUUUCCUUCACCUUAAGUUGUUGAACUACUGCUUCAGGGUAACAUUUCACCAUGUACAUUAUAUGACUAGUGAUUUACCUAGAUCACUGUCUGAAAGGAUUAUUUUAUACUGAACAAAAAUAUAAACGCAACGUGAAAAGUGUUGGUCCCAUGUUUUAUGAGCUGAAAUAAAAGAUUCCAGAAAUGUUUCAUACACACAAAAAGCUUAUUUCUCUCAAAUUUGGUGUAGAAAUGUGUUUAAAUCCCUGAUAGUGAGCAUUUCUCCUUUGCCAAGAUAAUCUAUCCACCUUACAGGUGUGGCAUAUCAAUAAGCUGAUUAAACAGCAUGAUCAUUACACAGGUGCACAUUGUGCUGGGGACAAUAAAAGGCCACUCUAAAAUGUGCAGUUUUGUCACACAACACAAUGCCACAGAUAUCUCAAGUUUUGAGUGAGCGUGCAAUUGGCAUGCUGACUGCAGGAAUGUCCACCAGAGCUGUUGCCAGAUGAUUUAAUGUUAAUGUCUCUACCAUAAGCCACCUCCUAAGUUGUUUUAGAAAAUUUGGCAGUCCGUCCAACCGGCCUCACAACCGCAGACCACGCGUAACCACGCCAGCCCAGGACCUCCACAUCCGGCUUCUUCACAGGCGGGAUCAUCUGAAACCAGCCACCCAGACAGCUGAUUAAACGGAGGAGUAUUUCUGUCUGUAAUAAAGCCCUUUUUGUAAGGAAAAACAAAUUCUGAUUGGCUGGGCCUGGCUCCCACAUGGCUGCGCCCCUGUGAUUAGGGCCUAAUUUAUUUAUUUCAAUUGACAGAUUUCCUUAUAUGAACUAUAAUAAAGUAAAAUCGUUGAAAUUGUUGCAUGUUGCGUUUAAAUAUUUUUGUUCAGUACAUACAGUAGAGCUGACUAGGAUAGUCUGGUCUGUUGUCCAGCACAUGUUGUUUUGCAAUACCACCACAUAAUGAUUUAUUUUCUUUCAUCCACAAAAGACAAUAGCCUUGCUUGAUCCUACAGGAUCAGGAAAUGCCUAUAAAUAGCACUGCAGAAGUAUAUUGUUUAUUAGGUUGACAUUCAUUGUUUUGUCUGGAGAACGUAAAGCAGGAACUUCCUUUUGUUUCUGUUCUUUUCUAUAACAAGAUGGUUGGUGUUAAGGGGGUAGGAGGGAGAUCCUUCCCUGUUUCAUGUCUUUCUCUAUUCCCACACCUCAGUACAGAAAAAUUGCAUAAUAUAAUAGUAAUUGCACAGUAAUAAUCUAUGAAUUACUUGUUUGUUCCUUUAUUAUUCAAUACAUUGCUGUGUCCUCUCACUAGUCUUCAGGCCUACACCCAUGUCUUUACCAUUAACAUACUACUGCUCUUUUGGUGCAUCAUCAACUCAUAACACUCAACUUGUCUGUCUGUAGAGGGGGAACAGGAGGAGGCAUGGCUGAUGGAGGCAGGGCUGGCCACUCUGUUUGACGAGUCUGCAUCGGACCCCGAGGAAAUGAUGGGGCUGUUGUCCACGCUGACGCGCACCCAGGCCGCCACCGUGGAGAAACGUGUUGAGAAGCUACAGCAGACCCUCAGGAAGAGGAACAAGCAGCACCAAGUACCUGACGUCAGAGACAUCUUCAAACUCCCAGGCACGCCGGAGUCAAAGGUCAGCCUGCCACCGGUCCCGUUAACACCCCAAAAAUCAGUCAUGCCUGAGAUGCCUCGCUACAGAACAAACCCAGUGACUUGUUUACCGUAGUUAGUUAACAUAAUUACUAAUCACAAUGUCUGUUAAUGGACACCUGGAUGUGAAGUAAUACGUAACUGAAUAUCUUAAUAUUAUGCAAAUGAAGGUCUUGCACUCACAAUUGGUGCAAAAAAUAUAACGACUUUCUACAAUAUCAGCAGUUAUGCUUAGUUGUUUGAUUCAUGAAUUGAUCAAAAUAAGCUAUAUUGAAUUGUGAUGAGAGCCUUUUUUUGUUCUGUGUUAUGUUACUGGAGGAUGAAGCAAAGUCACCAGAGAGAAGUGAAAAUAGAAUAAAGGAUAUUACGACAGAUGGUAUGUACCACAAGUUCUACUCACUAAAUAUGUGUCUGGUCAUGUUGGUCUAUACCUAUAGAAAACAUCACUGACUCAUCACUUAACAAUCUGCCACACAAAUGAACUGGUAUUUCUAUACACUGCAUUGUUGCUUUUAUGUGAUACUGUAGAUUUCCUGAAAUGGUUCAUGAUCACAGGAAGCAGAAGUGAAGAUUCUACGGAAGAGCUGCUGAGUUGAGAAGAUAACUCAGCAGCACACACACACACACAGGAAGCAGGGACAUUGCCUCUCUCCGUCUGUUCCCGCCACCCCUCUGACCUUAACAUGAAGGCUGUCAGGAAUCUGCUCCCUAUCUUCCAUUAUACACAUGCCUGCUAUUCCUAUUAGUGGAGAUGGCAGGGAGGCACUGCAGUUCUGUGUCCUGGUGUCAGAGCCAAGGCCUUACAUGUCUGUCUGACAUGGGUCACGGAGGGCAGACUGGCUCUCUGGCUGUUGACUCCCACAGGACUAGUCGUUGUCCCUUAGUGUCCCUUCAGUGGGCAGCACAGUCACCACCACCUAGUUCUAAUCUCCCCAGCUCCCCACUGCUGACUAAAGACUUUGUCCCAUCUGUGGACUUUCACACAUCUAAUUCAUAAUUCAUCAUGUAAUCUCUUGUCUCACUAUCAGCUUCUAGUUCUUCUCCCUUCCUUACUGUGCUGUUGGUCUAGCUUUUAAUGUGUCCCAAUAAUGUGUGUGUGUGUGUGUGUGUGUGUGUGUGUGUGUGUGUGUGUGUGUGUGUGUGUGUGUGUGUGUGUGUGUGUGUGUGUGUGUGUGUGUGUGUGUGUGUGUGUGUGUGUGUGUGUGUGUGUGUGUGUGUGUGUGUGUACAGGUCAAGCGACGGGGCUGGGGAACGGGGCAGGCCCUGCUGAGCAGCGUGUGUCUGAACCUGAGACAGACAUCAACCUAGAGGUGUCCUUCUCUGAUCAGGCCCUCAGCUAUAAGGAGGGAUCAAAGGGCAGUGGCGAGGCGCUGACAGACGCAGAUGACAAGCUACCUGUGAGUACCCUUUAAACAUUAACACCACCACACAGAUUGACUGAGUCGCUCAGCCGGAGCAAAGUUUACAUGCCAAAACAGGAAGUGUCACUCGUCAACAUAGCAGGAUCCCAUGGGCCAGUUUGGGACAAAGGAUUUCAAAUAUUUGUAUGUUUUUUGGCAGAAGCAGGAACUUUGCCCUGUAGUGUUUAUGGAGUGAAAUAUGUUUCUGUGUUUACUUAGCCUACAUCAGCAAUGAUUGACUAAAUUAUGAUUUUAUAUUUAUAUAGGCCAUCAUUUACAGCGUUAUUGUAGGCCUAUUGAUUGUGUACAAAUGUAAGUUAUAUGACAUUGAAUGAUGUCAUUUGCACAGAAGAGAACAUUAUCAAUCAAAACCUUUAAAUAGAGUUUUUGUGUCAUAAUACAUUUCACAGUCAAAACUGUACUAGCCUACUGGUGUUUCGGAGUUCUGUCUCUUGUUCUAGGGCCACCUGGUGGUGACACUCAAGUAUAACCACAGAUACUCCAAACAAUGAACAAAAAGUGUCCAUCUGACCUUGUCCAAUAAGAAACGCUUGUUUUCAUCUUCCAUUGCAAAAUGUUUUGCUACGGUGUGCACUAAUGAAUACAACCCAGUUUUGCUAACUGCUAAUGUAACCUGUGCUUCUCUGUAUGACAGAACUUCAAGUUAAGGAGAGACAAGACAGGGCUGACCAAGGCUGGGGACCUGUCCCCUCAGGACAUGAAGAAGGUGCACCGCCUGGUGCUGAUAGAGAUGACCGCUCUGUUUGACACGGCAGGCAUCGACCUCAAAGCCCACAAAGCAGUCAAACUCAAGGUCAAAGGUAAGCCAGUAUGUUACAACUGUUAGCAUGGAACACAACUGUAUAACAGUAUAUCUAAGAGCCCUGAUGACUGUCCUAUUGACUAUCCCAUCAAGCUCUGAUGAAAUAAUUGUUUCUUGUGUUUGUGUUCUAGAGUCUGGCCUGUUUGGAGUUCCCCUGGCCACCCUAUUGGAGCAGGACCAGAGGAGACAGCCAGGGACCAAGGUGCCAAUCAUACUGCAGAGGGUGAGCAGCACAACCUCUCAUUAACACAGUCAGUGGUUCACUGAUCCUGGUUCACUUUAAUCACACAGUACGUCUGAAUGUGUGCUCUGCAGUAGAAAUCUCUGCAGGUUGCUGUAGGGGUGAUGGUAUUGUCAUAUGUGUUGUUGAUUUGGUGGUUAAAGCUUAUAAGAGUGUUCUAUUGUUUCCAGCUCAUCUCUCACAUAGAGGAGGAGGGUCUGGACACAGAGGGGCUUCUACGGAUACCCGGAGCAGCCACAAGAGUCAAGGUCAUUGUUCAUCAUUGUUGAUAGAUGUAGUCCUGCUUUAUUCAAUGUCUGGGGAAGGAUUUGCAUGCUGUGACAACAGCUUAAUGUACUGUAGCUGUAGGGAAAUAAGAAUUUGGCUAAUGGAAAUGUUAGUGUGGUGACAGACUGUCAAAAUCAAAUCAAACUUUAUUUGUCACAUGCGCCGAAUACAACAGGUGUAGACCUUACCAUGAAAUGCUUACUUACAAGCCCUUAACCAACAAUGCAGUUCAAGAAAGAGUUAAGAAAAUAUUUACCAAAUAAACUAAAGUAAAAAAUAAUAAAAAGUAACACAAUAAAAUAACAAUAACGAGGCUAUAUACAGGGGGUACCGGUACCGAGUCAAUGUGCGGGGGUACAGGUUAGUCGAGGAAAUGUGUACAUGUAGGUAGGGGUAAAGUGACUAUACAUAGAUAAUAGCGGGUAGCAGCAGUGUAAAAAGAAAUGGGGGGGGGGGGGUCGUCCUCAAUGUAAAUAGUCCAGGUGGCCAUUUGAUUAAUUAUUCAGCAGUCUUAAGCUGUUAAGGAGCCUUUUGGUCCUAGACUUUGCGCUCCGGUACCGCUUUCCGUGUGGUAGCAGAGAGAACAAUCUGUUACUUGGGUGACUGGAGUCUUUGACAAUUUUUUGGGUUUUCCUCUGACACUGCCUAGUAUAUAGGUCCUGGAUGGCAGGAAGCUUGGCCCCAGUGAUGUACUGGGCCGUACGCACUACCAUCUGUAGCGCCUUAUGGUCAGAUGUCGAGCAGUUGCCAUACCAGGCGGUGAUGCAACCGGUCAGGAUGCUCUCGAUGGUGCAGCUGUAGAACUUUCUGUUCUGAUUGUGUAGUCCACGAUCAGCUCCUUUGUCUUGCUCACAUUGAGGGAGAGGUUGUUGUCCUGGCACCACACUGCCAGGUCUCUCACCUCCUCCCUAUAGGCUGUCUCAUCAUUGUCAGUGAUCAGGCCUACCACUGUUGUGUCGUCAGCAAACUUAAUGAUGGUGUUGGAGUCGUGUUUGGUCACGCAGUUGUGGGUGAACAGGGAGUACAGGAGGGGACUAAGCAAGCACCCCUGAGGGGCCCCAGUGGUGAGGAUAAGCGUGGCAGACGUGUUGUUGCCUACCCUUAGCACCUGGGGGCGGCCCGUCAGGAAGUCCAGGAUCCAGUUGCAGAGAGAGGUGUUUAGUCCCAGGGUCCUUAGCUUAGUGAUGAGCUUUGUGGGCACUAUGGUGUUGAAUGCUUAGCUGUCGUCAAUGAACAGCAUUCUCACAUAGGUGCUCCUUUUGUCCAGGUGGGAAAGGGCAGUGUGGUGUGCGAUUGAGAUUGCGUCAUCUGUGGAUCUGUUGGGGUGAUAUGCGAAUUGGAGUGGGUCUCGGGUAUCUGUGAUGAUGCUGUUGAUGUGAGCCAUGACUAGCAUUUCAAAGCACUUCAUGGCUACCGACAUGAGUGCUACGGGGUGGUAAUAAUUUAGGCAGGUUACCUUCGCUUCCUUGGGCACAGGGACUAUGGUGGUCUGCUUGAAACAUGUAGGUAUUACAGACUCGGUCAGGGAGAGGUUGAAAAUGUCAGUGAAGACACUUGCCAGUUGGUCCGCGCAUGCUCAUAAGGUACUCUACCUCAGGCGAGCAAUACCUCGAGACUUCUUUAAUAUUAGAUAUCGCGCACCAGCUGUUACUGACUAAUAGACACACACCCCCGCCCCUCAUUUUACCAGACGUAGCUUCUCUGUCCUGCCAAUGCAUGGAAAAACUCAUUCAGCCACGACUCAGUGAAACAUCAAAUAUUAUGUUAGGAUAUUCUUGAUCGUAGAUCAUCCAUUUUGUUUUGCAAUGAUUGCACGUUGGCCAAUAGAACGGAUGGUAGUGGAAGUUUACUCACUCGCCUAUGAAUUCUCAGAAGGCAGCCCGACCUCCGCCCCCUUUUUCUCUGUAUUUUCUUCACGCAAAUGACAGGGUUUUGGGCCCGUUCCCGAGAAAGCAGUAUAUCCUUCGUGUCAGACACGUUAAAGAAAAAAUCUUUGUCCAGUGCGAGGUGAGUAAUCGCUGUUCUGAUGUACAGAAGUUUUUUUUCUGUCAUAAGAGACGGUAGCAGCAACAUUAUGUACACAAUAAGUAAAAUAAUAAGUUACAAACAACGCGAAAAAACUAACAAAAUAGCACAGUUGGUUAGGAGCCUGUAAAACGGCAGCCAUCCCCUCCGGCACCAUUAUGCAGGUGGAAGGUAUCAUGAGUGUUGUACUGUAGGAUGAUGAAGCCUCCAGUGUGUGUGUGUGUGUGUGUGUGUGAGUGUGUGUGUGUGUGGACGUGUUUAACUAUACUUGACCAGAAGUCCCCAAAAGAAUAGUAAACAAACAAACAUUUGACCAACUGGGGACAUUUUGUUGGUCCCCACAAGGUCAAAUGCUAUUUCUAGGGGCUUUACGGUUAAGGUUAGAAUUAGUGUUAGGGUUAGAAUUAGGGUUAGGGUUAGGAGCUAGGGUUAGUUUUAGGGUUAGGGGUUAGGGUUAGGUUUAGGGUUAAGGGUCAAAAAUAUGAUUUUUAAUGGGACUGAAUUGUUUGUCCCCACAAGGUUAAUUGUACAAGACUGUGUGUGUGUGAGAAGGAGAGUAUGUGUGUGUAUGUGUGUGUUAACAUGUGACCUAUGUGUCUGGCUGGCAGGCAGUGUGUGUGGAGCUGGAGGGGAAGUUCUACGAGGGUCUGUUCCCAUGGGAGAGUCUGAAGCAGCACGAUGCAGCCAGCCUGCUCAAGCUCUUCAUCAGGGAGCUGCCUCACCCACUGCUCACUGUGGAGUACCUCAGCGCAUUCAUCGCAGUGCUUAGUCAGUCCCCCUAUACAUUAUGAACCACACUUUUUCUCACUAUGGUGCACUGUAUGUAUACUCAUUUAGAAUUGUGUCUCGAUUCUGUUUGAGUUUUGUCUUAUGUUGACUUAUGGAUUAGUAAACCAAUCCGUUGUGAUUUGUUUGCUUGCCUUACUCACAGAACUGCCCACUAAGAAGCAGCAGCUGCAGGCUCUCAACUUGCUGGUCCUGCUGCUUCCAGAGUCCAGCCGUGAUACACUAAAGGUAGAUAUAUCUACUUUCUUUGUGCUAGUUCUCUAGCCAAUACAGUACAGUCUCAUGUUGUCUGUUGGACACAUUGUAAUGUAUCUUAUGGUGGUUUCAGGCGCUGAUGGAGUUCUUUCAGAGGGUCAUAGACCACAAAGAGCAGAACAAGAUGACCUUGAACAACGUUGCCGUGGUGAUGGCUCCAAACAUCUUCAUGUUUAAAGGCUUCCGCAACAAGAUCAGUGAGCAACAGGAAUUUUCCCUGGCCACAGAGACCGCCAACAUCGUCCGACUACUCAUCAGAUACCAAAACCUGCUCUGGACGGUAGGCUCAAGUCAUGGGGCCUCAUUUAUCAAUAUUGUGUAGAAAUUAUUCUAAAAUACUACUUACGAACAGAGUUUUGAAUGUUCGUACCUAUAGAAAAAGUAUGAUUUAACAAACAACCCUACAAACAUCAUAUACACACACUGGUAGGAGAUAACCAUUGAUAAAUACCAAUUGUUCUCAGCCUCAGUGCUCAUGCAUAACCUUUGCUAUUUGCAUUUUUAAACACCCAUAAUUAACCACAUAUGGUCAAAAUCAUAAAGCCUGUGGGGAUUAUACAGCGCCGUACCAUGAAAUACAAUGUCACAACCAAAAAAGCUAAGAAAAAAUAUAUUUUCAGAGAACAAAUAGAGGUGCGAGUGUCAGAGAUAAAGUACAACCAAAAGUUGUUAUUUGUACCAGUCAAAAGUUUGGACACACCUACUCAUUCAAGGGUUUUUCUUUAUUUUUUUUACUAUUCUCUACAUUGUAGAAUAAUAGUGAAGACAUAAAUACUAUUAAAUAACACAUAUGGAAUCAUGUAGUAACCAAAAACGUGUUGAACAAAUCAAAAUAUAUUUUAUAUUUGAGAUCCUUCAAAUAGUCACCCUCUGCCUUGAUGACAGCUUUGCACACUCUUGGCAUUCUCUCAACCAGCUUCACCUGGAAUGCUUUUCCAAGAGUCUUGAAGGAGUUCCCACAUAUGCUGAGCACUUGUUGGCUGCUUUUCCUUCACUCUGCCGUCUGACUCAUCCCAAACCAUCUCAAUUGGGUUGAGGUCGGGGGAUUGAGGAGGACAGGUCAUCUGAUGCAGCACUCCAUCACUCUCCUUCUUGGUAAAAUAGCCCUUACACAGCCUGGAGGUGUGUUGGGUCAUUGUCCUGUUGAAAAACAAAUGAUAGUCCCAAUAAGCCCAAACCAGAUGGGGUAGUCAUGCUGGUUAAGUGUGCCUUGAAUUCUAAAUAAUUCACAGACAGUGUCACCAGCAAAGCACCCCCACACCAUAACACCUCCUCCUCCGUGCUUUACGGUGGGAACUACACACUACACAUGCGGAGAUCAUCCGUUCACCCACACCGCGUCUCACAAAGACACGGCGGUUGGAACCCAAAAUCUCCAAAUUUCCACUGGUCUAAUGUCCAUUGCUCAUGUUUCUUGGCCCAAACAGGUUUCUUCUUCUUAUUGGUGUCCUUUGGUAGUGGUUUCUUUGCAGCAAUUCGACCAUGAAGGCCUGAUUUCACACACUCCACUCUGAACAGUUGAUGUUGAGAUGUGUCUGUGUCUUGAACUCUUUGAAGCAUUUAUUUGGGCUGCAAUUUCUGAGGCUGGUAACUCUAAUUAACUUAUCCUCUGCAGCAGAGGUAACUCUGGGUCUACCAUUCCUGUGGCAGUCCGCAUGAGAGCCAGUUUCAUCAUAGUGCUUGAUAGUUUUUGCGACUGCACUUGAAGAAACUUUCAAAGUUCUGUAAAAAUAAAGAAAAACCCUUGAAUGAGUAGGUGUGUCCAAACUUUUGACCGGUAGUGUACUUCCAAUGAGUACGCAACACUCACCAAUAAGCCAUUCAUCCUCAACAAUUCCUUCCUGAAGGCGUAUAGGCCAACAUUACUGUUCUGCAAAAUGAACGAGUCGUGCGUGCCACCUGGCCACCACAUUCAGCAGCGUCUUUUGCGCAUCACAUAACCUAUCCCCUGCACAUUAAAAGUGGAAGCCUUUUCUGUUCCCGUAGUUGAACUCGUUUUGGGAUGGUGCUUUUAUGGUGACGUGGGUUCCGUCUAUUGCUCUGUUCGUAUUUGGGAACCCAUUGAUGGCAAAGAAACCCCUCUUGACUUCAACCUGUUGUGCGAUGAUUUAUGGAAAUUGUAUGUUACAGUUCGUUUUGCGUAUGAUUGCAACCAAAACAUUGGCUCAUCGAGGGAUGCGAGAAUCCGAUCGGCAAGCUCCCGCUGAAAAGUGCCCGUUGCCAAAAACCCGAGGGUGGAUAGCACUUGGAUGUCAGUGGAGGCUGCUGAGGGGAGGACGGCUCAUACUAAUGGCUGGAAUGGAGUAUAAUGGAUGUAAUGAAGUGAAUGGAAUCAAACACAUGAAAACCAUGUUUUUGAUUCCAUUCCAUUUACUCCAUUCCAGCCAUUAUUAGGAGUCGUUCUCCCCUCUGCAGCCUCCACUGUUGGAUGUGCAUCGGAAUGGCAUGUGUCUUAAAUCCUCGCAAAAAUCCUAUAAGAUUUGUUUGGGAAACGAUAUCUGAUGAGCCAAUCUGUACUUUCUGGAGAAAAAAAGAGUCCCACCUGUCUGUAAAAACGUGCACUCUGCGAAAUGCAGUGUUUGCCAAAUCCUCCAACAGAGCAAGAUAAGCCUAUCAUUCGAUUUCCCAUAGUCUUUUAUAGUAUUUCAACAAUAUUUCACUUUUUGCCUAUAAUUUAACAAAUGACUGUACUUUAUAUGGACUAUUAUCGUAACAAAUGCACUGAUGUGGUGAAAUGAUAUGCCUGUCAAGAUAUGUUGCAUGAAUUCACAAUGGAAAUACAAUGACAUCGAAAAUGAUUUAUUUAUUACUCUCAUAAUUUCAGACAUUUUCAACAUGUAUUUUCCCCAUUCUAUGCUUGACAAAUAGUUUCCUUAUUCUACCACUUGGCACUAUGCGUACGCAUGGUCAAGCAAAUGUUAUAUAUAUUGAUACAUCUCACACUUUGCGUGGAAAUGAUCCCACGCAUGGUUUACGCACAGUUUUGUACUUUAUGUAUAGGCCUACUGUACGUAAUUGGUAUGGCUCUUCAAUGUCAAAAUGUGUAAUUUUAUCAUACAUUUUUCACUUCAGAUUCCUAAAUUCAUAAUGAAUCAAGUCAGAAAACAAAACACGGAGAACCAGAAGAAAAUGAGUAAAGACCGCGCCAUGAUGAAACUCCUAAAGAAGAUGGCCUAUGAGCGAGAGAAACCAGAGAAACAGGAGAAACCCCUCUCCGAGGUGAGGGCAGCAGUAGCAGACAAAGGCGUCUGUCUGUCUGUAGCACCUGUAUAUGGACAUCCAAUUGGCUCUGCGACCGUACUGUAAAGCAGUUAUAGCUGAGGGGAACACCCAUGCUGUUGAAUGAAUCAAGAGGAGAAUAUGUGAAUGACUCAAAUGCCUUCUGCGCUUCCUGGUUCAACUGAUGAAAGAGGAAGUGGCUCCCCUGUGACACCUAGUGGAUAUAUGUAGAACUGCAACUCAGUUUUGUUAUUGUUUGAAAAAUGACUUAAUAAUGAAGAAAUUUCAUUAUAUAAGGCAAUUUUCAAUAAAUGCUUGAUAUUUUGUAUAAAAGUAUAGCUGAUGUACAGUUUGUAUUAGUGUAGUAUUGAGUACAGUAGCGACACUAUAGUAUUAUGAUGGUUAGCUGAGACAUGUCUGUGUUGUCUUUCCCCAUGCAGGUGGACAGUAGUUCUCAGGGCUUCAUCAGGGUCCAGGCCCCUCAGUUCUCUAAGGUCUCCAUGGCUGUCCAGCUGACUGAAGAGUUGCAGGCAUCUGAUGUCCUCAGCCGCUUCCUCAGCCAGGACAGGUGAGAACAACACCCCUCCCUCCCCCCUGUCCUCCCAGGGGCACUAUUGUCAUCCUGUCACACACCAAAGGCUUGCAGCCACAUAAUGAUAACUCUCAGCCCACUCCCUCACACAGGGCAUUCUGAGUGCAGUUAAGUUACACUACAGAGACAUUUACACCCUGUUUGUGUUGUAACUGAGCAGCCUAUGGGAACUGUUAUUUCUGCUCCUGCUCAGCUGAGUGACACUGCACGGCAUGGCUCUGAUUUCUCUGUAUCUGUAUGCUGCCCUACAAAGGCAAAACGAUGCUGAUUCAUGAUUUUGACAGUGGGCUCCAAAGGUAUUGGGACAGUGACACAUUUGUUGUUGUUUUGGCUCUGUACUCCAGCACUUUGGAUUUUAAAUGAUACGAUGACUACGAGGUUAAAGUGCAGACUGUGAGCUUUAAUUUGAGGGUAUCUUUAUCCAUAUCUGGUUAACCGUUUAGAAAUUACUGCACUUUUUGACAUAGUCCCCCCCAUUUUAGGGGACCAAAAGUAUUGGGACAAAUUCACGUGUAUUAAAGUAGUAAAAAGUUAAGUAUUUGGUAGCACGCAAUGACUAUAUCAAGCUUCUGACUACACAUUUGUUGGAUGCAUUUGCUGUUUGUUUUGGUUGGGUUUCAGAUUAUUUUGUGCCCAAUAGAAGUGAAUGGUAAAUAAUGUAUUGUGUCAUUUUGGAGUCACUUUUAUUGUAAAUAAGAAUAGAAUAUGUUUCUCAACACUUCUACAUGUAUGUGGAUGCUACCAUGAUUACGGAUAAUCCUGAAUGAAUCGUGAGAAAGUUACAGAUGCACAAAUAUCAUACCCCCAAGACAUGCUAACCUCUCAUCAUUACAGUAGCUGGGGAAGUUUGCGUUUUUUUUUUUUUGGGGGGGGGGGGGGGGGGGGGGGGGGGGUGGGGUUGUUAUGACAUUUGUCCCAAUACUUUUGGUCCCCUAAAAUGUAUUUCUAAACGGUUCAUGCGAAAUGGAUGAAAAUACCCUCAAAUUAAAACUGACAGUCUACCCUUUAACCUCAUAGUCAUUGUAUCAUUUCAAAUCCAAAGUGUUGGAGUACAGAGCCAAAACAACAACAAAUGGGUCACUGUCCCAGUACUUUUGGAGCCCACUGUAUGACCCCUAAAAUGCAGAUACUGCACUCUGCCUUUGUAUGACCUUAAACAACUAUAUGGGUAAUGCAAAGGCAAAGUGCAGUAUCUACAAUCUAAAUAUGUUUAUCCAACUUUCUUGUUGUUUUUCCUGUUUGACUUUGUAUGGUCAUUUAUUUGACUUGGGUCAUAGGUCAAGUCAGUGGUCAUGAUUGAUAUGUAGAAAAAAUUACUUAAUAAUAAGAUAAUACAUCAGUGCAUUAUCACUUAUCUACCUACAACAUAUUUGGCUGGACAGCAAAUAAACUUUAAAGCCAUUUUUCUCAGUUUCCCUGUUUGCGUACUUACUGCUGUUUGCAGUCAAAACAUGGUGGAACAAAGACAAAGUGCAGUAACUGCUGUUUGCCUUGGUUUCUACUUGGAUUUUGUAGUUACUGAAAAUGUCAUACUCCAUUUUCUCUGAAACUGAACAUAAUUGAACCAGAACACUUAGUCACAAGAUACAACAGAUACUACAAAGCCUGAUUUCAAUCUUAACUGGAUUUUGACCAAAAGUGCGUUUUGCCUUUAUAGGGAAGUAUAAAACUCAACUGUUUUGGAAUGUUACUCUAUUUGUAACAUGGGUUUUUGUUUACCCCUCAGUAUGUUUUCUGUGUGUGUGUGUUCUAGCUCUGUGUCUGUGAAGAGAGAAGAUCUGUGCCUUUAUGAAAUAGGAGGGAAUAUCCGUAAGUAUUGCACAGUGGCGUACAAAGUCAUUUAACACACAAACCAUCUCAUACAGUUGAAGUCGGAAGUUUACAUACACCUUAGCCAAAUACAUUUUAACUCAGUUUUUCACAAUUCCUGACAUUUAAUCCUAGUAAAAAUGCCUUGUCUUAGGUCAGUUAGGAUCACCACUUUAUUUUAAGAAUGUGAAAUGUCAGAAUAAUAGUAGAGAGAAUGAUUUAUUUCAGCUUUUAUUUCUUUCAUCACAUUCCCAGUGGGUCAGAAGUUUACAUACACUCAAUUAGUAUUUUGUAGCAUUGCCUUUAAAUUGUUUAACUUGGGUCAAACGUUUCAGGUAGCCUUCCACAAGCUUCCCACAAUACGUUGGGUGAAUUUUGGCCCAUUCCUUCUGACAGAGCUGGUGUAACUGAGUCAGGUUUGUAGGCCUCCUUGCUCGCACACGCUUUUUCAGUUCUGCCCACAAAUGUUCUAUAGGAUUGAGGUCAGGGCCUUGUGAUGGCCACUCCAAUACCUUGACUUUGUUGGCCUUAAGCCAUUUUGCCACAACUUUGGAAGUAUGCUUGGGUCAUUGUCCAUUUGGAAGACCCAUUUGCGACCAAGCUUUAACUUCCUGACUGAUGUCUUGAGAUGUUGCUUCCACAUAAUUUUCCUUCCUCAUGAUGCCAUCUAUUCUGUGAAGUGCACCAGUCCCUCCUGCAGCAAAGCAUCCCCACUACAUGAUGCUGCCACCCCCUUGCUUCACGGUUGGGAUGGUGUUCUUCGGCUUGUAAGCAUCCCCCUUUUUCCUCCAAACAUAACGAUGGUCAUUAUGGCCAAAAAGUUAUAUUUUUGUUUAAUCAGACCAGAGGACAUUUCUCCAAAAAGUACGAUCUUUGUCCCCAUGUGCAGUUGCAAACCGUAGUCUGGCUUUUUUAUGGCGGUUUUGGAGCAGUGGCUUCUUCCUUGCUGAGUGGCCUUUCAGGUUAUGUCGAUAUAGGACUCGUUUUACUGUGGAUUUAGAUAUUUUUGUUACCUGUUUCCUCCAGCAUCUUCACAAGGUCCUUUGCUGUUGUUCUGGGAUUGAUUUGCACUUUUUGCACCAAAGUACGUUCAUCUCUAGGAGACAGAAAGCGUCUCCUUCCUGAGCGGUAUGAUGGCUGCGUGGUCCCAUGGUGUUUAUACUUGCAUACUAUUGUUUGUACAGAUGUACGUGGUACCUUCAGGCAUUUGGAAAUUGCUCCCAAGGAUGAACCAGACUUGUGGAGGUCUACAAUGUUUUUUCUGAGGUCUUGGCUGAUUUCUUUUGAUUUUCCCAUGAUGUCAAGCAAAGAGGCACUGAGUUUGAAGGUAGGCCUUGAAAGACAUCCACAGGUACACCUCCAAUUGACUCAAAUGAUGUCAAUUAGCCUAUCAGAAAGCCAUGACAUAAUUUUCUGGAAUUUUCCAAGCUGUUUAAAGGCACAGUCAACUUAGUGUAUGUAAACUUCUGACCCACUGGAAUUGUAAUACAGUGAAUUAUAAGUUAAAUAAUCUGUCUGUAAACAAUUGUUGGAAAAAUUACUUGUCAUGCACAAAGUAGAUGUCCUAACCGACUUGCCAAAACAAUAGUUUGUUAACAAGAAAUUUGUGGAGGGGUUGAAAAACAAGUUUUAAUGACUCCGGCCAAAGUGUAUGUAAACUUCCGACUUCAACUGUAUAUCCUAGGUGCCAUUUAUAGUUUCUCAAAAAUAAUGACUCUAUUACAUGGUAUUAUCUGAAAAAAAAAUUAAAAGAACAUAAAGCAAAAUGUCAACAUCCUACAGUAGACUGUGUAUUCAGACCAUAUUCUGCUGUAAAUUCAAAGUAGUACCAUACAGUAAGUCAUUUUAAAGAUGUUUUAAGGACAUGGUUCAAAUCCCAGCAGAGCGUCACCUUCCCAAUAGAUGUAGGAUCUUAAUUUGAGCCAGUUUGCUACAGCAGGAAAAAUAUCCUGCAGCAACAGGAAAUGUGAAUUAUUAUGUGUAUUAUAAUUAGUGGACAUUUUUGUAGGGGAUGAUACAGGGAAAAUCAAAUCAGAAAUGUCAAAGUAGAAAUUACAAACGUCAGAAGCCUUUUUUAAACCUCAAAUACACUACAAGUUUUGAAUUUCCUGCAAUGCAGGAAAGUUCUCGUGCAACAGGGUGAUCAAAUUAAGAUCCUACAUCUGUAUGUCAGACAGUAUCCGAUUAGUUCUUUGCUGUGUGUUGUUCCUGAACAGAGGAGCGCUGCCUGGAUGAGGAGACCUAUAUGAAAGACCUGUUGGAGCUCAACCCCAGUGCAGAGUGGUUCAUCAAGUGCAUCCAGAGAUAG